UUGGCUCCUCUUGUGGAUUCUCACUGCAGUUGGGAUUCAACAGGCGUCCUCCCAGAAUUCCACUGCCAUGCCUCCAGCGGUCACGUCGCCGGCCGCCGAGCCCUUCACCCCGAUGCGGUACUGCCGGUGGCCUUGCGAGUGUCCCGCCGAGCCGCCCGCCUGCCCGCUGGGCGUGAGCCUCCUGACGGACGGCUGCGGCUGCUGCAAGGCGUGCGCCCGGCAGGUGGGCGAGGUGUGCAACGAGGCGGACACCUGCGACCACCACAAGGGGCUGUACUGCGACUACAGCUCGGACAAGCCGAGGUACGAAAAAGGCUUGUGUGCAUGUAAGUGUCGCUCGCACGAGCUCAUCCGUGACCUCUGCCAAGUGCAUGUGGAGAUUCUCAGUCAUCUGGGUA